AAUGUAAGCAAGGUUUGAAAUGAUAAUGUUUUAGUCAAGUAUUAUAUCUGCUUGGGCUUCUUGCCGUCAAUUUACAGUCUACAAAUUAGAUGUAAUUAUGUUCCGGCCCCCUGACCACGCAAGAAAAAAUCGGCCUGCAGCUGAAUCUAAUUGAUGAUCCCUGCUCUAUAAGGUUAAAUGUCCAUUAAUAAUAUGAACGACAUAUGGGAGACAAGGACGAUGUUCAAGUAGCAAUGUUUUCCAUAGGUGAGAUUUUAGUUUCAUUUCCAGAAGGAGACUAGCCGAAAGGUUGAUACUGGUUCCUACCGAAGUUGUUUAACCAUUGAGAAUUGCACUCAUUUUGCAUAUAGGAUACGAGAGUGAAUAUGUGAUUUGAAUAGAGCAUUAGAAGUGUUGAAAUUAUAUGGAGUCCUGCUAUACAGGACUUCACAUGGCUGAGAGACAUGAAUUUCCUUUCCACCACGGACCUGUCCAUUGGGGACCUACGUAUGCUCUUCACUGAAGAGGUCAAGUACUGUAUCCUGGGAAUCUCUGCAGCCCUCUUCCUGAUUGCUCUGAGCAUUCUGGUGUGGCAAUUAUAACGAUACCGCUCAUAUGCUCCAAGGAAACCUCUUGAUGAGUUACUUUCUGAUGGCAAGCCAGCAAAGACUGGAGUCUUCCGCACAGAAACCCAGAGGCCUAAUUUUAAGGUGGAGAAGCUCCAUGAAGAGGCGCGGAGGUUGAGCAAUUGCCUGUCCAUGGGCAGCCAUGUGGAGUUGCUCAGCCUGGAGGACCAGCAGGAAGAGGUGGUGGUGCAGGGCUCCCUGCUUUUUUCCCUCUACUAUGACCAGCUGCAGUCCAGACUGGUGGUCACCCUUCUGGAAGCCUGGGGUCUGCCGGUGAGGGACUUAAGUCGCAGUGUGGACCCCUUUGUGAGGGUCCGGCUGCUAUGGGCCGGGCAGGAGAAGGAGAAAGAGGAGCAGUCCUCUCCUUCGCUGCAGUGUGUGCUCCAUGAGUGGCAAUCCCAUAUGGUGAAGGACAACAGCAGCCCAACGUUUGGGGACCAGUUCUCCUGCUCUCUGGAGGAGGAGGAUGUCCCUCACAUCACCAUCAGGUUUGAGGUUAAAGACUUUGAUAAAUUCUCCAGGCAUAGGAUCCUGGGAGAGGUCAGAGUUCAUCUGUGCGAUAUGGAAAUCUCAUACCCUCUUGAAGUCAUCAAGGACCUACAGGCACCACAGAAGGACCUGGUUGGAGAGGUGCUUCUCUUUAUGAAGUAUCUCCAGAGGCUAGAGGUUGGUCUGCUGAAAAUCAGGGCACCACCUCAGCCAAGUAAAAAAAAUCAAGCACUGUAUGGCAAGAUCAGUGUCCUCUGCAACCAGUUCAAGCUGGGGCACCAGAAGUCCACUGUGAAGACCUGGAGGGAAGUGACCGUCUUCAACGAAGUCAUGAUGUUCACAUUGCCAGACCCACAGAUCAGGGAGUGCUGCAUUGUGGUCUCUGUGUACGAGAUCCCUGCAGCCAAGAAGUCAUCCAAACGCCUGGUUGGCCAGGUCACCUUUGGAAAGGGAAAGAGCUCAGAGGAUGAACACUGGAGUUUGAUGAUGUGAUCAAUUCGUCAGCCAAUAGCAAAGUGGCAUCAGCUCUUAAUCUGAGGCUAGCCAGGCCAGACUACCUACUUUGACUAUGUUCUUGUGAUGCACAGCAUAUUGGAAAUGUGUGAAGGAUCAGCAUUACAGGGGAUUUACACUGACAUUUAGUUUUUCAAGCUAUUUCUCACAACUGAUAUCACCUCUAUCUAUGAAAUAUAGACUACUAUAUUGAAAUUGUGUGGAUAAAUAAUACAUUCCAGCUGCUCACCUGAUAUGAGCAGUGCCUGAUCACCUGUGAAUCAUAGAAGUAU